CGCCCACGAGUCCAUUCCGCCACCCUUGGGUACACUGACCGGUGAGUUCUUUCUCUGCUGAGACUGCUCCGCCUUCCCACAGGACAAUGCCCUUCAUCGAACUGGACACGAACCUAGCCGCCAGCCGCCUGCCCGCCGGGCUGGAGAAGCGGCUGUGCGCGGCCGCCGCCACCAUCCUGAACAAACCCGAGGACAGAGUGACCGUUACUGUGCGGCCUGGCUUGACCAUGUUGCUGGGCGGAUCCACAGAGCCCUGCGCCCGGCUGCUCGUCUCUUCCAUCGGAGUGGUGGACACCGCGGAGAAGAACCGCGGACACAGCGCGGGCUUCUUCGAGUUCCUCACCAAGGAGCUGGCCUUGGGCCAGGACCGGAUCGUUAUCUGCUUUUAUCCCAUGGAGCCCUGGCAGAUUGGAAAGAAAGGAACUGUCAUGACAUUUUUAUGAUUGGCACUAAGGAUCCAGGGCAUCUCUGUAAGCUGGCUGCCUCUUCCCGAGAAGCCUCCUGGCAGAGUCAGGGCUUGGUGGAUACCGGCUUCUGGCUCCCUGCUGCAGCUGUUUGUGACCUUGGAGUUGUCCUCAUCUCUAUCCUCAUCCCAAAUAAAUGAAGAGAACUUUAUUGUUA